CUUCUCUAUCACAUUCUUUUUCUCCCACCCACUCUUUGAUCAAGUGUGUAAAAACAACCUUCAAGCAUCCUUUUUAUUUUUUUAAGCAGAGUACAUACAAUGGCACCUAUCCGAAUCUUCUUUCUCGGGGCUACCGGUUAUAUCGGAUCCUCUAUUAUUGAUUUGCUUCAUCAAAAGAAAACGAUCGGCACCAAGUAUGCGCUUCAUGCCCUUGUUCGAUCUCAAGAAAAGGCUGAUCGUCUUCGUUCACUCGGCAUUGAGCCUGUUUUAGGUUCGUUGGACGACAGUAACCUCCUAGAGCAAGAAGCAUCGAAAGCAGAUGUGGUCCUUGCCGCUGCGGAUGCUGACCAUCUCCCUUCGGCCAAGGCCGUCAUCAAGGGUCUAUUGCACCGACCUCGUGCCCAUGCUGACAGUCGUAAGCGCCCCAUAUUGAUUCAUACCAGCGGUACAGGUGUCCUCCUAGAUGGUGCAUACGGUAAAUUCGGAAGCGACACCAUUUACUAUGACAAUGAUGUAGCUCAGCUCUCAACGUUGAAACCAACACAACCCCAUCGAAAUGUGGACCUGGAGGUGAUUUCCCCUCAGUUGGUUGGCAAAGUAGACACUUACAUUGUUGCACCGCCAACGAUCUGGGGCUUCGGUGCUGGACCUGGUAACCAUAACUCGAUUCAAGUGCCUCUGCAUGUGAGCGCCUCACUCAAGAGCCAACAGGCUCUCCAAAUUGGACAGGGAUUGAACUAUUGGUCAAAGGUUCAUGUGGCAGACCUGGCUCAUUUCUACGUUUCAUUGUUGGAGCGUGCACUUCAAGAGCCUCAAGAUGAAGAAGAAGAAAGACAAGCUGCUUCUGAUCAAGAUCGAACACCUUUGCCCAAGAAUGAAGAUGCUUAUUAUUUUGUGCAAGAAGGAGAAGAUUUCACUUGGGGAGAAGUUGCAAGGGAGAUUGCAAAGGCCUUGAAAGAAUUGGGGGUGAAUGAUUCUGGAGAGGUACAAGCAACUAAUCCAGAGGAGGAACAGACUUAUUGGCCAGAGAACUCUGGGAGCUUAUUGGGUGGUAAUUCGAGAUCAAGAGCUGCGAAGGGCAAAGAGAUUUUGGGCUGGGAACCCAAGCACAGGGAGUUUAAGGAAUAUAUUGCGGAUGAGGUGCGUCGCCAAUAUAAUCUUCAAAAGCAGUAAAAAAACUAAAACACUGAAUCCGUAUGAAUAAAUAAAAUUCAAA